AUGGCAUCUCUGCAUCCGCACGACCACUUUUACUCAGGCAGAACAAGCGGUUACAGCAGCCACUCCGUGUCGCCCGAAGCCGAGAAGAUGCUCAAGAACCCGAAUGGCUCUCCGGGCCCCGAGUCCGGUGCCAUUCCCGAUGGACUGGAAGUGAAUCAGGGCAUGGAUUUCAACAAUGCGCCCCAGCCGUAUUAUCCCCAGUCGCAGCACCAGCCCGCGCCGUACUAUGACCACCAUGCGACGUCGCCUCAGACGCAGUACACGCAAACAACCUACACGAAUAACCACACUCCCGUCGGCGUGCCACCUGCAGGGGAGAAGGGCGACCCGCGUGAUGGGAGGAUAUGCAGCCUGCGCAAACCUACCUUCUUCUUGAUGCUUGUGUCCCUCUUCCUCCUCUGCGCUCUGAUCGCGGUCGCCGGUGCCCUUGGAGCUGUUGUAGCCCAGAAGAAUUCAGAGCUGGCAAAAGCCACGGCAUCUGCAGCCGCCGGAUCAUCCAGCACAUCGACGCCCUCCGGAACAGCCAAUGCCAUCCUCGACCUCAGUAAACCCGCACCUACUGACACGGCUGUCAAGAAGGGUGAAUGCGGCACUAGCUCAAGCAAGCCGACAUGGGAAGUCCCAGGAACGAAUCUCACCUUCGAGAAGGAUUGCGGCAGCGACUACAUCUACAACGACAUUGGCAAGGUGCCGACCACAAACAUCGAGGAGUGCAUCCGACUCUGUGCUGUCUUCAACGUUAAUAAGCAAACUGAGCUCGGUCGCUGCGCCGGCAUUGUUUAUCUCUACAAGGAUGAUCAGGGCAACGACGACCCGUAUUGCUGGUUGAAGUACACCAAGAACACCAACCAGAUCUUGUCAAAGGACUACACGGAGUCGGCAUGGAUUUUAUAG